UUUCGUCACUUUUUAUCCUGCACUGGUUUUGCGAACUAGGGUUAGGGUUGUCUUUGUUGUUCUCCCUCCUCCUCUUGUCUCCGGCGCCUGAUGCUCUAGGGUUUCCAGAUCGGAGAGAGAGAUGAAAGAAUCGGGCGCGGAUCUGUUCGAUCCCCGAACGAUCAUGGAUUCGGAUUUCUCUUCGAGCGGUGGAGAUAAGGUCGUCGUCGGGUCCGAUCGGGACUUCGCCUUCGCUUUCAAUAACGACAUCUUCUCCGAUCGGGUCCUCCGGAUCGAGAUCGCUGCGGAGCUUCCCGAGUGCAAAUCCGAUGGCGAGGGUUGCGGCAGUAUCGCCGAGUGGGCCAGGAAUCGCAAGAGGAGGAGAGAGGAGAUCAAGAAAGAAAAUGCUGUGGAGCUUUCUGUCCACCGUGAGGAUCAUAUUUUGAACUGCGACCAGCCUGACACUGUAGAUGGCGUGGUAUAUGAAAAUCAGGAUGAGGAUGCUGAGGCAAUGAUUGAAGAAACGCCUUCAGGCGAUGAAGCUGCCAAUAGUAAUGAUUCAUCUUGGAGUAUGGAUUGUUCUACUGUUCUGAGAGUUAAAACGAUACACAUCAGCUCACCAAUUCUAGCUGCCAAGAGUCCUUUUUUUUACAAGCUUUUCUCAAAUGGCAUGCAAGAAACAGAACAGCGACAUGUUACUCUACGAAUUAGUGCCUCAGAGGAAGCUGCCCUCAUGGAUCUUCUGAAUUUUAUGUAUACUGAGAGUCUCACGACAACUACAGCUCCUGCAUUGUUGGAUGUGCUAAUGGCUGCAGACAAGUUUGAGGUUGCUUCAUGCAUGAGGUACUGCAGCCGGUUGCUGAGGAACUUGCCCAUGACACCAGAAUCUGCAUUGCUGUAUCUGGAGCUUCCCUCCAGUGUUUUGAUGGCAGAUGCAGUCCAACCUUUGACUGAUGCAGCCAAGCAAUACCUUGCCACACGGUACAAGGACAUAACCAAGAAACUCUCCAGGUUCCCAGAUGAAGUGCUGAACUUACCCCUUGCUGGAAUCGAGGCGAUAUUGGGAAGUGACGAUCUUCAAGUGGCAUCGGAGGAUGCGGUCUAUGACUUCGUGCUGAAGUGGGCCCGGUUACAGUACCCCAGGCUGGAAGAUCGGCGUGAGGUCCUUGGAUCACGCCUCAUCAAUUUCAUCCGUUUUCCUUACAUGACCUGCAGGAAGCUGAAGAAAGUCCUCACCUGUGCUGAUUUUGACAAUGAGGUUGUUACCAGGGUUGUCCUUGAGGCCCUCUCCUUCAAGGCCGAGACGCCGCACCGCCAGCGGGCCCUUGUCUCCGAGGAGUCCACCAACAAGCGCUACAUCGAGCGGGCAUACAAGUACCGUCCCGUGAAGGUGGUGGAGUUUGAGAUGCCCCACCAGCAAUGCAUCGUCUACCUUGACCUUAGGCGAGAGGAGUGCGCGAACCUGUUCCCAUCGGGCCGCGUCUACUCACAGGCCUUCCACCUGGGCGGCCAGGGCUUCUUUUUGUCUGCCCACUGCAACAUGGACCAGCAGAGUUCAUUCCACUGCUUUGGGCUCUUCCUGGGGAUGCAGGAGAAGGGCUCGGUGAGCUUUGCAGUGGACUAUGAAUUUGCGGCUAGGACAAAGCCUGGGGGUGAGUUUGUGAGCAAGUACAAGGGGAACUACACCUUCACGGGUGGGAAGGCAGUUGGUUACAGGAACCUGUUUGCACAGGCAUGGACAAAUUUCAUGGCGGAAGACAGCGUCUACUUCAUCAAUGGCAUGCUUCACCUGAGGGCAGAGCUCACCAUCAAGAAGCAGUGAGUGGAUGUUGGUUCCAAAAAUCAUGAGUUGCCUGCAAUCUGCUGCAGCUGCACACCUCCCCAUAUACAUAUUGCAUACAAAUAGGAAGGACGGGUAUGGAUUGGGUGGGUUCUUCUCCUUUUGCUUUUUGUUUAGAUGCUUCUUCUUCAAAGUCAAAAAUCAUUGUAUCGGGUACCAGAUCAUUCACCAUUUGAUACAGCCGCACAAUGCUCUCUGGACAGGGGCUGUUUUGGGCUGAUGCAGCGCACAGGUGUAUCGUUCAUGGACAACACUGAUAACAUAUCAGGCCAUGUGUAUCGGUUUCUGACGGUACCUUGCUACACUUAUGACCAUUCUUUUUUAUAAAAGAAAAGGAUCUGGUUUCAGACGGGUGUGGGGUAUUGUUUUGUGUAAUUUUGAGGAAAAAACGGAUUGUUUUUUCCCCCACUGCUGUUGUUGGAAGAUAUGUAAAUCUGGUGACGAGUAUGGAGAAAAUUCCUGUAGCUCUUGCAACGCUUUUUUUUCCCCCAUAUAAAUCCCUUCAUCUUUCGUUCUUC